AAUUCUGUCUUGCUCCCUACCACAGCAUUCGCAAGUAUUAAAGAUUAUAUUAAAUAAAUUUUUACAGAACAACUGUCGCGUUAUCUUUGCUGAAAUUUCGAGGCAGCCGAAAAGCAGUCACGUGGCAAUACACAAUCUAAGUAUUCAUAAUAAUAAUAAUAAGCGGCAACGUUUAAAUAGUAUCAUAUUUUAAAACAUUAUUUUAAAAACACAUUAAAUUCACCGAACAAUUAUGUUUUUCUGGGCUUACGGUCUUUGGCUUUAAUAUUAUUAUGAGAAAAAUAAUGGACCUGCUGCGUGGUACCUACAGUGUAAUAGUUUAAUAAUGGCAUUUAGAUUAGAUUAAAUAUCAUGGAAAUGUUGCACUCUUGCGUCUUUUCUGGCGGUUGUACAGCUGUGCGUUGAUUUUUUUUGUGAAAGGAACGUCAAUUAGACAGAAAAUAUUCGUCAGUAACGAUACAUUUUUUGAAAAACCUUACGUGACAACCCGUCUGACAGACUCUAAUAUCGCACCUUCUCUUUUUUCAAACAUACCCUCCUCUGAUUGGCUCUUCAGCAGCCAUAAUCAACGUCACAUCCGGUAACAUUGCCGUACACGAAAAUGGCAGCGCUGAGCAGCGUUUCCGCGGCAGAUGGUGCGGAUCCCGAACCUGGGACCGAAGCAGACCUUGGUGCAGAACCCUCUUCCGGACUUAUCCUUAAGAGGGAUCCGGUCAUCAAGCUUCUUAAUCCGGUGAGUGGCUUGGAGCCGCUUGCCUGGUCCGAGGACCACAGACUGUCGGUAUCCUGCACCAGUGGCGUUUCAGUAAUGGACGUCGUGUGUGACGCUAAAAGCUACUGUCCCGAUCUGAUCAUUCAUCGGACUGCCAUUCCCGUACUGGAACAAGUCUGUGUGCUAAAGGUGGGUCCAGAGAAGGAGGUGUCUGAAGUGAAGGAGAAGUUUGCCACCUCCAAGGACAGAACCGUGAGCCAGGCUGUGGUGCUUGACCGGGUGAUGCAUCCCAAAGAGGGGGCCUUGCCUCCGAUGCAGGGCAUUAAGUACUCCUGCUGGUCCCCAGUAGGUUGCGACAACAACAGCCGAUGCCUUCUGGCCUCACUGACACUGGACAACCGGCUCACUGUUUUUAGCAGUUCUGCACGCCUGCAGUGGAGCCCCCUAGUGGAUCUGACGGAGACAUAUGGACAGAUGUUGUGGGAAAAGGAGUUUGCGCUGCCAGGCGCCGAGCCUCCGGUGGGGCCGCUGGGCGACCUGGCAGAAAUGCGACGGCGUUACCGCAUGCAGACACCCGUGUGCAUGGAGUGGUCGGCCGUGUGCUGCACACAGGGGCCUCAGGCCGGCGGGGUGGGGGGCACAGUGCUUCUGGCGGUGCUGAUGGAAAACGGCGACCUGGUCGUUUGGCAGUUCCAGCUGCCCUUCCGAGGGCGUGAGCAGGUGGUCUCCUGCAACACCCUGCAGUCGGGUGUGCCGGCACCCAGCGCGCUCUCCUGGUGGGAGUACGAGCACGGCGGACGCCGCAUGAGCGGACUCAUUGUGGGUGGCUCGGUGGGGCCUGUCAGGAUCCUGCCUGUCAAUCUGAAGGCCAUCAAAGGCUACUUCACCCUGCGGCAGCCCGUGGAACUCUGGCAGGAGGUCGACCAGAUACCUGUGCGCACCAUCAAGUGCGUCUCGGUGCCGAACCCGCAGCAGAAGUGCAGCUGCAGCCUGGUGCUGGCCACACGUGGCCCAUACCUCUUCUGGUGCCUCCUGCAGAUCACAAAGGCUGGCCUGAAUGUGCACAACUCGCAUGUGGUCGGCCUGCACUCCACACCCAUCGUCUCCCUUGCCGUCAGCCGGCACUGCGAGGUGUCCAUCGUCACCUGUUCGCUGGAUGGUGUCGUUCAGAAACUCCGGCCCGUCUUUGCUGGUGCGAUGGUAACCUUCCGACAGGAGCGGCUGGUCCUGCCCGAGGGCGUGGCAGGCUGCUGGGUGCGGGGGGUCGCCGUCAGCCCCAACAGUGCCUAUCUGGCCUUGGCGACCACAGAGGGCUUGACCAAUGGGCAUCACGCAGUCAGCUACAGCCACCAGGUCCAGUUAGUUGCACUCAAGUCGCCAGAAACCGCGGCCACGGAGCUGCUGGGAUCUCCCAUCCAGAACCUUUUCCGGCAAGCGGACCUCCUGGACCUGUCGCUGCAGAAGGCCCCGUCGGAGGCACGCUGGCGGCCCUCGAAUGAGGAGAAGAAGGUGUCCGUGGGCGACGAGGAGCCGGCUGGGGAUGAAGAGGUGUCUGCGGAAUCCUCUGCCACGAAGCCGCCCGAGCCGGAGAGCGAGGGACCUAUGGAGGCAGAGGUCCUCUCCCAGAUGGAGGAGGCGGAGCUGCACGUGACACGGGAGCAUAUGAAGAAGGUGUUGGGGGAGGUGUACCUGAACACUAACAUCACUGAGAACACCAGCAUCCCUACCAGGGGCCUGUGCGGCUUCCUGAACAGCAACCCUGCCUACAAGGACCGGGAUGUCACGGUCCUUCUCGGUCACCUCUUCAAGAAGAUGAACAAGCAGACGUUUCCGGAAUACUGCAGCCUCUGCAAAGAAGUGCUGCCCUUUGACCACUGCAAGCAGGCUGUGUGCAGCAAUGGGCACCUGUGGCUCAGGUGUGCACUAACGUACCAGGCAUGUCAGUCCCUUAAGUACAGACGUUGCUUCCUGCAGGACAGCGUGGCCAGACGCCCCUUAGCUGAAGACCCCGACUGGAUGAAGAGGAUUCUCCACAGCCCCUGCACCUUCUGCGACUCCCCGAUGGGCUAGUCCGGCGCUCCCCAGAGUCAGGCGGGCCUGCUCGGACCUGUAUGGCACUUUUACCAGAGCUCGGCCGCAGUGCCGUUGAUCAUCAGGAUCUGUCAUAAAGACAAUUGUGUAUGUGUGCGUGUAUAUAAUUUUUUUUAAAAAUGUAUUUUAUUUUUAUAAAGGUUUGAGCUAAA